AUGUUAUUCAAUGAAACCUCGAUCAAAUCUACAGAGGAAUUAAAUGUUUUUGGAAGAAUUUUAAUGACAAUUAUCUUCGCUUGUAUUUGUAUUCUUGGUGUUAUAGGAAAUCUAAUUGUUUUAAUUUUAUCAAUUCGAAAACAAACUUAUAGAUUUGUUACAAAUUGUUAUAUAAUUAAUUUAGCUAUAACCGAUCUUCUUUUUCUAAUGAUAUCCGUGCCAUUAACAACUUAUUUGGGUUUGAAAGAAACCUGGAUUUUAGCGCCUUUUAUCAGCUGUCGAGUCCACAUUUAUUUUGCACAUAUUCUUUUACAAGCAACAUGUUAUACAUUAGCAGCAAUGAGUAUUGAUCGAUAUUUAUAUGUGACCAGUUCACAUCCACGUCCCAAAUGGCGAACACCAUUAAACGCUUUUAUUAUUUGUAUUUUUAUUUGGAUUGCUUCAUUUGCAUUGGCAUUUCCUUAUACAUCGUUAUUUUAUUCAUCUUCAAUCUCAUCUGAAAAUGAAAAAAAUUUGACACACGAUUGUCCAAUUUCGUCAUCACAUUCAUCAAUUGUCUCGUGUUUAUUUCCGUUUUGUGCUUAUUAUAUUUUACCUUUAUUGAUUAUCGCACUUUGUUAUACUAAAUUAUGUAUUUAUAUGAAACAGAUGUCAAAAAGUGUAACAAAAUAUCGAAAUAGUUUAAUCAGUUGUGGAUCACUUUUAAUAAGGAAACGUCGUCGUGUGACACGAACCUUAUUUUCUUUGACAUGUGCAUUUGCAGUUUGUUGGUUUCCAAUUCAUUUACUCGAAUUUCUCAACUGUGGACAAAUGUUAUCAACUUAUUAUGAUCAACAUUCGCAAUUACUCGAUGUCAUUCGAAUUAUCGCACAUGCAUUGUCAUAUUUCAAUUCUUGUUUAAAUCCUGUUCUCUAUGCUUUAUAUAAUCGAGAAUCAUUCACUUAG